AUGGAUCCCGGAAGACGAGCCAUGCUCGCAGAGCCUCGCGGCUCACCGUCGAGCCGUCGAGAUCCCACGGCGCCGCGCUCCGACUCGAACUCGCGCGUGUCCAAGCCCAGCAAACCAGGACCGUCGACGACCGCCCGCAAUGCCGCCCGGUAUCUCAGCCAGGACGAGCAGUCGCGCCAAUUCGUGGCCGAUGAGGACAAGUUCGUGCUGAAGCAGGCCAAGAAGAAGGCCGACAUCCGCGUGCGCGAGGGUCGCGCGAAGCCCAUCGACGUGCUGGCCUUCAACCUGCGCUUCGUCGACGAGGACCGCGACCCCUUUGACGACGAGGAGGCCGACGACGAGAUCCAGGUGGACGCGCCCACCAAGGUCAUCGAGGGCCUGACGACCGCCGCGCAGAUCUCGGAGCUCGACUCCAACAUUGUGUCGUACCACGUGCUGGAGACGGACCCGCGGAACCGGCGGUACUGGGAGGCGCUGCGGACGCUGUGCGCGGAUCGCAGGGCCAAGCUCGACCCGCAGGGCCACGAGGGGAGGGUCGUCAGCAGCGUCGCGGAAGACAUUGACAAGAUCCUGGCGCCCAAGACGUACGAGCAGCUUGAGACGCUGGAGCAGCAGAUCAAGGCCAAGCUGCGGUCCAACGAGGACAUUGACACCGACUACUGGGAGCAGCUGCUGCGGAGCCUCAGAGUGUGGAAGGCCAAGGCGACGCUGGCCCGCAUAGGGGAGGAGAUUGAGGCGAAGAAGAAGGAACGGCUCGCACAACGCGCACCACGCUCGACGACGACGACGACGACGACAUCCACGGCAGCGGACGCGGCGAGAAGCAGCGGUGUGUCCGGCGGCUUGGCGCCCACAAACAAAUUGGAUGGCGAAACCGGGAACGAGGAUGACUCCCAGGCCACAAUGGCCCUCUACGACAGAGAAGCGGCCCGCGGAAUCUCUGAAAACGAGGAGGUCUUUGCGGCUGAAGAGGCCCUGCCCGGCGGCUCCAAGCCCCCGCAGUGGACGGACAAGUAUACGCCUCGCAAGCCACGGUACUUCAACCGCGUGCAGAUGGGCUACGAGUGGAACAAGUACAACCAGACGCACUAUGACCACGACAACCCGCCGCCCAAGGUCGUGCAGGGAUACAAGUUCAACAUCUUCUACCCGGACCUGGUGGACAAGACCAAGGCGCCCACCUUCAAGAUCAUCCGCGAGCACGGCAGGCGGCGGGGCGAGUCGUUUGCAGCCGCCGGCGAGGUCGACACAUGCCUGAUCCGCUUCAUCGCGGGCCCUCCGUACGAAGACAUUGCGUUCCGCAUCGUUGAUCGCGAAUGGGACUAUAGCGCUAAGAAAGAGCGUGGCUUCAAAAGCUCAUUUGACAAGCCUGGUCAGGGCCUGGGUCCUCUGGGUGUGUGUGUGGUCUGA